GAGAAGGACCUCAUCCACAAGCUGUUCAAGGUGCUGGCGCCCCGGUUCCAGCCCCACCCCGGCAGCUACACCCGCCUGGUGCAGAUCCCCAACCGGGAUGGCCUCGACCGUGCCAAGAUGGCAGUCAUCGAGCUCAAGGGGAACCCCUUCCCGCCGCUCAUCACCCCGCGCCGCGACACGGACAAAACACUGCUCAACCAGCUCCUGAAGGGCUACCGGGAGGACAUGCGGCGGGCAGUGGCCCCCGAGGGCACCUCUGUCUAG